GCCUGAGUUUAAACUCACAAGGUGAGGAUCACAGACCGCCGGAAGGGUUGAGUAGCGGAAUGGACGGGCAGCAUAGCCAAUCGGAUUUUGGAAUUCUUCCGGAAGGGGCGGCACCCCGCCAUGUAAUUGACCCGACUGUACGGGAUUGGCGAGUCCGUAGCGGGCCAGUGGUGGCGGGAGAUUUCGGAAGUCUUGGCACCGGCCCUGGCUGCAGCGGUUGGGCUGGGCUGGGCUGAGCUGAGUUGAAGGCGCGAGUGGCUGAAUCGGGAAGGAGGACCCCCGAGGAUCCCCGAGCUUUCUGAUCGUGGCGUGCUGAGCUGUUGCCUUCUGUCCGAUCCCCGACCCGCAGACAGAGAUGGAGAGGCACAGGCCGCGGCUGCACCACCCGGCCCAGGGCUUCGCCGCCGGGGCCCCCUAUCCCUCCUCCGCCUCGCUCCGCAGCUGCCGGGAAAGCAAGAUGUCUCGCAGGAAGGGCCCUCAGCACCCUCCGCUGCUCGGCAGCCUCGAGGAGCCCGGGGAGAAACGCUCCAAGUUUCAUUUAAAUAUUAGGAUACUGACGGAUGAUAUGCUGGACAAAUUUGCCAGCAUAAGAAUUCCAGGGAGCAAGAAAGAGCGACCUCCUCUUCACAACCUGAAGACUGCAUUUGCAAGCAGCGACUGCUCAUUGGCAUCUCCAGAGAUGAUGGAAAACAUUCCAAUGCCGCUGUUAGAGAAUGAAGUCUUACAGCUUUUUGAAAAGAUGAUGGAAGAUAUGAAUUUAAAUGAAGAUAAAAAGGCACCAUUGCGGGAAAAGGACUUCGGUAUCAAAAAAGAAAUGGUGAUGCAGUACAUUAAUACUGCUUCUAAGACAGGAAGUCUUAAAAGCAGCCGACAGAUCUCACCUCAGGAAUUCAUCCAUGAAUUGAAAAUGGGGUCUGUGGAUGAGAGACUUGCCACCUCCCUGGAAUCCCUCCGAGUGUCUUUGACCAGUAAUCCUGUGAGUUGGGUGGAAAGUUUUGGACAUGAAGGGCUUGGAUUAUUAUUAGACAUUUUGGAAAAACUGCUUAGUGGGAAAACCCAAAACAAAGUUGUAAUGAAGAAUCAACACAAAGUCAUUCAGUGUCUAAAGGCCUUGAUGAAUACACAGUAUGGCUUGGAAAGAAUUAUGAGUGAAGAGAGGAGUCUUUCUUUAUUGGCCAAAGCCAUGGAUCCCAUGCAUCCCAGUGUGAUGACAGAUGUGGUUAAACUCCUUUCUGCAGUCUGCAUUGUAGGAGAGGAAAGCAUCCUUGAAGAAGUUUUAGAAGCUUUAACUUCAGUUGGAGAAGAAAGAAAAAUUGAUAGAUUUUCGUCUAUUGUAGAAGGACUUCGGCACAAUUCAAUUCAACUGCAAGUAGCUUGUAUGCAGCUCAUAAAUGCCCUCGUUACAUCUCCUGAUGACUUGGACUUCAGGCUUCACAUCAGAAAUGAAUUUAUGCGAGGUGGAUUGAAAGAGAUAUUGCCCUAUUUAAAGCAUAUUAAGAAUGAUAGCCUGGAUAUCCAACUUAAAGUGUUUGAUGAGCAUAAGGAAGAAGAUGUGAUUGAGUUCUCGCAUCGCUUUGAAGAUAUUAGAGCUGAAGUUGAGGAAGCAUCUGAUGUUUAUAAUAUGGUGUGGAACACAGUAAAAGAAACAAGAGCAGAAGGAUAUUUUGUUUCUAUACUUCAGCAUCUUUUGCUUAUUCGAAAUGAUUAUUUUAUAAGACAACAGUACUUCAAAUUAAUUGACGAGUGUGUAUCCCAGAUUGUGUUGCAUAGAGAUGGAAUGGAUCCCGACUUUACAUAUCGAAAAAGACUAGAUUUAGAUUUAAGUAAAUUUGUAGGAUUGCUUUUCAUUCGACUGGGCACUGUGCUAUUCCCUCUGUGUGAAAUGAUAGCUGCACUUCUCACCGACUGCUCUGCUUCUUCAGACUUCAUGUUUGAAAAGGAGUUUACUGACCACCAAGAAACUCAGUCUCAAUUGCAGAAAAAGGAGGCAAAGAUUAAUGAGCUUCAAGCAGAGUUACAAGCUUUUAAAGCACAGUUUGGUGCCUUGCCAAGUGACGUGAAAAUUCCUUUGCUCCAGUUGAAAGAAGAUGGGACUGGCCAGGCGGCACUUCCUCCUCCCCCUCCCUCGCCCUCUUGUGGAGGGGUACCACCUCCACCACCCCCUCCCCCACCUCCACCACUCCCAGGAAUGCUUGUGCCUUUUGGUGGUCCUGUGCCUCCACCACCUCCCCUGGGGUUUCUUGGUGGACGAAACUCUCCUCCCCCACCAACUCUACCAUUUGGGUUGAAACCCAAGAAAGAAUUUAAACCCGAAAUCAGCAUGAGAAGAUUGAAUUGGUUAAAGAUCCGACCUCAUGAAAUGACUGAAAACUGUUUCUGGAUAAAAGUAAAUGAAAAUAAGUAUGAAAAUACGAAUUUGCUUUGUAAACUUGAGAAUACAUUUUGUUGCCAACAAAAAGAGAGAAGAGAUGAGGAAGAUUUUGAAGAGAAGAAAGUUAUUAAGAAAAAAAUUAAAGAACUUAAGUUUCUGGAUUCUAAGAUUGCCCAGAACCUUUCAAUCUUCCUGAGUUCUUUUCGGGUGCCAUAUGAGGAAAUCAAAAUGAUGAUAUUGGAAGUGGAUGAAACACAGUUGGCAGAGUCUAUGAUUCAGAACUUAAUAAAGCAUCUUCCUGAUCAAGAGCAAUUAAGUUCAUUGUCUCAGUUCAAAAGUGACUAUAACAACUUAUGUGAACCCGAGCAAUUUACUGUUGUGAUGAGCAAUGUGAAGAGACUACGGCCACGGCUCAGUGCUAUUCUCUUUAAGCUUCAGUUUGAAGAGCAGGUGAACAACAUCAAACCUGACAUCAUGGCUGUCAGUACUGCCUGCGAAGAGAUAAAGAAGAGCAAAAGCUUUAGCAAGUUGCUGGAACUUGUAUUGCUAAUGGGAAACUACAUGAAUGCUGGCUCCCGGAAUGCUCAAACCUUCGGAUUUAACCUUAGCUCUCUCUGUAAACUAAAGGACAUAAAAUCAGCAGACCAGAAAACAACACUACUUCAUUUCCUGGUAGAAAUAUGUGAAGAAAAGUAUCCUGAUAUCCUGAAUUUUGUGGAUGAUUUGGGACAUUUAGACAAAGCUAGUAAAGUCUCUGUAGAAACGCUGGAAAAGAAUUUGAAACAGAUGGGAAGGCAGCUUCAACAGCUUGAGAAAGAUUUGGAAACCUUUCCCCCUCCUGAGGACUUGCAUGACAAGUUUGUGACAAAGAUGUCCAGCUUUGUUAACAGUGCAAAAGAACAAUAUGAAAAGCUUUCAAAAUUACUUGGAAACACAGAGAAAUUGUACCAGAGUGUAAUGGAAUAUUAUGCCCUUGAUGUGAAGAAGGUAUCUGUGGAAGACUUUUUUACUGACUUGAAUAACUUCAGAACUACAUUCAUGCAAGCAAUAAAGGAGAACCUCAGAAAAAGAGAAGAAGAGGAAAAAGAAAGACGUGCCAGAAUAGCUAAAGAAUUAGCAGAGAAAGAAAGAUGUGAACGCCAGCAAAAGAAAAAGCGAUUACUAGAAAUGAAGACUGAGGGUGAUGAGGCAGGGGUGAUGGAUAGUCUGCUGGAGGCCUUGCAGUCGGGGGCUGCCUUCCGCGACAGAAGAAAAAGGACACCGAAGCCGAAAGAUACUCAGCAAAGUCUCAGUCCAAUGUCUCAGAGGCCUGUUCUGAAAGUUUGUAACCAUGAAAAUCAGAAAGUGCAGUUGACAGAAGGGUCACGUUCACACAACAAUAUCAAUUGCAACUCCACAAGGAGUCCAGUCACCAAGGAGUUUAAUUAUAAUCCAGACACUCAUAGAUCCACAGGGAGGAUCAAGGCAGUUGAGAAGAAGGAAGCCUGUGCUGUGGAAAGAAACAGAAAAAAGGAAAUGGAACUUCUUGGCUCUGUUUCUAAAAAUGAAGCCAUUCCCGAAGUUGAAGCCCUGCUGGCAAGAUUACGAGCCUUAUAAAUUAGACUGGUAAAAAGUAAUUAAGCCAAAUAUAAAGCCAUGCUCUAAACUAUAACACUUGAAAAAAAAUUGCUUUUAUAUAAGUGACUUGAUAUAGUUUUAAAUUAUGAUAUAUAUUAGAAAAAUUAAAACUAUAUACAUAAUUGCAGUGCUUUUUCUACAUACUUGAAGUUUUGGCUUAUUCAAGAUUGUAAUGGGCUUUAAUGCUUUUUUUUUUGGUCUCCUGGUAUUCAUCUGUUCUAUAUUUGGUGAUUAAAUUAUACAUACUGCUUCAGAGAGCAGGUAGGUGCCCAUUUGUUCAACAAUGUGUCCUUAAGAAAACCAUCUUUCUAAGUCACUGUAGUUUUUACUACUUCAACAUUAAAGAGUGUCAAAUCAUCACCCUGCUGUCCUGCUACAAUACUCAUGUAUAUUCCCUAUUUACUGUUUAUACAUUCCCAGCUUUCUCCAAUAACAUCAAAAAAAUGUAACUUUGUUUCAGAACUAUAAGGAAAUGACAGUAAAUUCUUUAUCAUCACUGUUGAAUUCAUGUUAACUUGACCCUGUAAGGGAUUGUAAAGCAACUUGAGUGCAUUGCCAAAAAUGACACAAUAGGAAUGCAUAUGGACUUUCUUUGCAAAACACGUGUGCUUUUGAUUAAAGUAGGUAUAUACAGUAUUACAGUGCUGUUGAGUACUUAAUCUUGGCCAAGAGAUUACCCUGCCACCCCCACCCCCAGUAAUUAUGACUGCAGGUUAACAUUGCCAUUUUGAAACUUUCCAGUUAAUGGAAUUUUUUUAUUCCUGUGAACAAACUUGGAAUUUCGGUUUCUUUGAUCUGACAAUCAGUAACUUUAACAAAGAUCUGCAUAAGUGUUUCAAGGAAAGUUUUCAUAUGUAAAUAUUGCAGUUGUACCUCACUUCAGCAUCAUUCCUUUGUUAAUUCCAUGUCAAAAAAAAGACCUCCCUACUUGCACUAACUGAAAAAAAUUGCUUUCUUCUGUCCCGCCUUCACAUAUUCUGUGGAUAAGCUGGAGAUAGACUGUUAUGUCAUCUGUGUGUCUCUUUUGCUUUAUUACUUAUAAUAAAUAAAUGACUGCUCUAUUA